AUGGCUCGUAGCAAGGAGGAAGAAGCGGAGUGGGCAAGUCAUCGCGAUGAGCUCCAAUACCUGUGGCUAGAUCAACGAUGGUCUGUCCAGCAGAUACGAGCACAUAUGACCGGGAGAUACAAUUUUUGCAAAAGUCAGGACCAAUAUUCCCGACAGUUCAGGAACUGGAAUCUCAAGAAAAACGCUAAAGAAGAGGAAUGGCGUUUUAUUGCCCACAGUCGCCACAAACGUAAAAGAGAGGGAAAAGACCCAGGAGAGGUAUCAAUUCGCGGUACUCUCAUCCCCGAGCCCAAGGUGAGAAAGGAAACAGCUCGUUAUGUUUCGUUAUCAUCUCAGUACCUGGAACUGGGCGAUUCUGACCCCAAGACUCCCGAGGGGAUCAUUGUCAGCACUCCCCGUGCGUCGAUAGAGGAUGUACUCCCGGAAAUUCCCAUGGACCUACUCGAGAUAGACUGGUCGCAUGACCUAAUAGAAGCUGCUACUAGUAGCUCGCCUGCUGCAUCCGGGCUUCGGUCAAAUGCUGAUGGGAUGCCUCUUGCGUCUCCCAUCGAGAUCCCGCCACUUAGCCCGUCGGGCUUCCAUGUUCUAGCGGACGGACAACCAACUGCAACUUUGCCAAAUGAAAAUAUUGCAGAUUUGGAUCAUAAUUUGCAGUCAAUGCUCUCUACGGCACAAACAUCAAUGUACUGGGGCGAACCGAUCCAAUGCGACUCCAACUCCCUAAUUGAUGAGAUAAUCGGCCAGGCACGACUGGCUCUCUCAUGUCGUUAUCAUCCAAAAACCGAUGACAAAGCCUUGAGUGAAUGUCUUUCUUUCCUUGAGCCCAUCACAAUAGGCGAUGUCAGAACUGAUCUGACAAGAAAGGCCGAGAGUAUAUUUCAGUCACGCAGUUCAGAUAUUCUCUCACACUAUCUCAGCCUCUGUGUUUACUUAUCCUCGAACAACAUGCUGUCGACAUUGUCAACCGAUAAAUUGAUUUCGCUUAUUGUGAAAAGCAGGUCACAGCUCAGACUCAAAACACUACUGCAUUCGAAAACCACGACAAUGGAGAUAUUUAUGAGCAAUUUAUUGGCUAGUGCAGCAGCGAUGGGCGAAAUAGAGAUCUGUGAAAUUCUCAUCAAUGCUGGAGCGGAUAUAGAUGCCCCUAGUGGGCUGGGUUCGCGUAGGACGUCUCUUCACCGAGCGCUUUGUGGGAGACAACUGGAUUGUGUGAGGAUGCUACUGGAUGCUGGUGCAGACCCCAAUUUAGCAGUGGAUGGGAUGACACCACUGCACCUUGCAACUGAAUUGUACGGCUCGUAUGAUUCCGUGAAAGUCUUGCUUGACUCGGGGGCCCAUGCACAUCCCCCACAAGACUCUGCUCGCCUCACACCUUUGCAAUUGGCCGUGAAAGGGUUGCAAACUGAGGUGAUUCGAUUGCUUCUCGAGGCGAAGGCUAAUCCAAACUCUUUCACCACGGCUAAAAGGGGAACUGCAUUGCAGAUUGCAUGCGGGAGAUCGGAGGAAGCUGGGGUUGUAGAGCUUCUAAUUGAGGCUGGAGCGGACAUUGACUCUCGCUCUGGUUAUCGAUACGAUGAUGAGAUAUCUGAAGACGAGUGCUCCGAGAGCAGCGACGACGAAUCCGAUAUUUCUUCUAGGGACAGUCUCUAUGAUCUCUUCGUCUCGAAUUGUUUCCGCUUCAAAUCCCCUAUUCUCAUAGCUGCAGAGAACGAAAACUGGGAGGCCGUUCAGCUCUUGCUAGAGGAAGGAGCUGCCGUUAAUCCUAGCAUGAGGGGUUGUCCUAUUCGAGCGAUGAGAGACGAACUUCUGGAGCAAGAUUGGGACUAUCCGGCUGUAUUUACCCCACUGCAAGCCGCCAUUAGAGCGCAAAAUAUCACAAUGACCCGCAUGCUAUUGAGCGCUGGUGCACAUGUCGAUGCACGGCCCAGAAAUAAAUACGGACACACCGCACUUCAGACAGCUGUCUUAAUGGGAAAUGAGAGACUGGCCCAAAUCCUACUACGGAAGGGGGCGAAUGUUAAUGCUGCUGCUGGUGUCUGUUUUGGGCGGACAGCACUGCAAGCCGCUUCUGCGCACUCAGACACUGCCCUUCUGAGUAUCCUACUUGAGGCAGGGGCAGAUGUAAAUGCUCUACCUGCCAGAGAGGGUGGCAGAACUGCACUACAGGUAGCAGUACGUGCAGGCAAUAUCGAAGGGGUCAGACUCCUUCUUGAUGCAGGCGCAGCCGUUAACACUGAUGCAAGUCGGAUGGAAGGGACGAAUGCCCUCCAAGAGGUGACCAAAAUCCAGGAUCAGUUAAUACGGGAGGAAAUGCUACAUUUGCUUUUGCGGGCUGGCGCGUAUAUCCAACCCCCAAAGGGCCAGGAGAAAUAUGCAUCUCUUCAUACGGCAGUAAGUGAGGGAAAUCUAGAUGUGACAAAAAACUUGCUACGAAAGGGCGCCAGCCCGAAUAUGGGUUACUGUGCACACACAAACUGCACCCCCUUGCAAAAGGCGUCAGAACUUGGGAAUGAAAGUCUAUUCCAGGUACUGGUAGACUAUGGAGCGAAUAUAAGUGCCCGUCCUUAUUGGGAUGGAGGUCGUACCGCGUUGCAAUCUGCAGCUGAACAAAACCACCUGACGAUAGUGAAGAUGCUACUGCAGCUUGGCGCAAGUGUAAAAGAGGAAAGGGCAGUUGGGGGGAUUUCAGUGAUGGAGGCUGCUGUGAAGAAUUGUAACCUGGAACUCAUACGACUUCUGCUCGAUAUGGAUCCCAGCAUCAUAUCUUCGGAUCCCAACACCAAGGAAGUUAUUAUCGGGGUAGCUUUGCACCAUUGGAAGUGUGAUAUGUCUUUAUUGGAACUUCUGCUUAAUGGUGGGGCAGAUGUCAACAAUGUUGACACAGUUUCAUCACUGCCGUUUCUUCAGCUAGCAGCAAGACAGAGCAAUUUGGGGUUUGUGCAGUGCCUGCUUACUAGAGGCGCCAUUGUGAAUCGCCGCUGGCAACCCACCUUUGCGGGAGCCGUCACAGCCCUUCAAGAAGCCGUCCAGCUACGUCAUAUCGACAUGGUCCACUUGUUACUUGAAUGGGGAGCCGAUAUCAAUGCACCAGCAAACGAGAAAGGUGGAAAGACUGCGCUCCAGACUGCAGUGUCACAAAACAAUUUCGAAAUGGUGGACCUAUUGGUGAAAAACGGCGCCAAUGUUAAUGGCCUACCCAGCCCACGAAGAGGUCGAACGGCCCUUCAAGAGGCCGCAAGCUCUGGCUAUGUGCAGAUGACCCAAUACCUUCUGAAUCUCAAUGCCGAUAUCAACGCCAGAGCUGCACACUUUGGCGGAAUCACGGCGUUGCAAGGGGCCGCGAGCAGCGGCAACAUUCGCAUAGUGAUGAUGCUGCUUUGCGCUGGGGUCGACAUCAAUGGAGCACCAGCCAUAGAACAUGGACGAAAUGCUAUUGAGAGCGCUGCAGAGAAUGGCAGGUUGGAUACUCUACACCUUCUGUUGAACUAUCACCCGAACACUGAAGAAUUUGACAUAAAGAGGAAACGGGCGGCGAAACUAGCACUUGCAAAUGGUCAUUUGGCUAUUGGGCGAUUUUUGCUGGCGUAUCGGAAAGACGCAUGGAUGGGGACGAGGGAGGUGCCUUCCAUUGGCCCUCGGAUCUCCUGA